AUGUUGCAUCAAGAAAAUAGUGAGGUUUAUGUGAGGCACCACUCUGAGCAGCUUGCAUGUGGCAAUCUGAGGGGAACCGAUGAUGGGCGCUCAAACUUCCUUCCUGGGAAAUACCAUAUUGCAACAGUUGGGCCUAAUUUUGGAAUUUCAGAAUGGAAUACCACAGCUUGUCUAGUUAAUACUACCAGUGCUGUUAAAGAAGUGACAGUCGAUCAUUAUAAGAGACCUGCCUCUAGUGGUUUCCCAGACAUGUUGGACUGCAAACGGAUGAAGCAGGAAGAGCAAACUGUAUCUGAGAAAGAUAAUGCAGCAGAUGCUGACAUAAAUGUUCCAGAGUAUGGAUCAUACAAGACAUGGGAGAGAAUCUCCGAUCCACCAGCGUACGGUAGUGAGGAAAGUGAGGAUGAAGGUGUAGAUCCACCCGUUAAUUUUUCACUAGCCCAAACUUAUGUUGAAGAUUACCUGCGAUCUGCAAGUUAUUAUCAAAGGGAAGACAUUUACUCGUCUGUUAGCCUUUGCCCUACAAGGAAAACUGUUCCAAUUGGGCCAAAUUAUCAGGCUGAGUUGCCAGAGUGUGCAUCUGGUAAUUGUAGGAGCUCAGUUGAUGGUAAUGCUGAUGUGUCAUCAUCUUCUCACAUAUGUGAUAUAAAGGAAGCCGGGAGUGACAAGUGGAUUAGGAACUCUGUUAUUCCAAUGCCUGGUUCUGUUGAGUUAUCUUCAGUGCUGAAACCUGUUUGCUGUAAGACAGAUUGCAGUUGUGUUGAUGAAGGUUCGAUUGCGUGCGUGAGGAAGCAUGUGAAGGAAGCAAGAGAAAGACUAAUGAGUGCCCUUGAUCUGAACACCUUCAAAGAGUUAGGAUUCUUUGACAUGGGAGAGGAGGUGGCCUUGAAAUGGACUGAAGAUGAAGAGCAUUUGUUCCAGGAUGUGGUAUCAUUAAACCCUGCCUCUCUUGGAAGGAACUUCUGGGAUGAACUUCUGCUUGCCUUCCCAUUGAAGACUAACAAAGAGUUAGUGAGCUACUAUUUCAAUGUCUACAUGUUGAGGAAGAGGGCUGAGCAGAAUAGGUUUGAUCCAAUGAAUGUUGACAGUGAUAAUGAUGAAUGGGAGGGAAGAGAUGAUGAUGAAUUUGCUGUGACAGAAAGGGCUGGUGAGGAUUUGCUGCUCGAGUCUCUUACUGAUCAAGAUGAUGGUGCAUGCAAUCAAGUUCCCCUCCAAGGAAAUAUGCAUGAAGAGUCUGGUGAGGAGGAUGAGUUUGACUGUUCUAGUGGUGACAGGCAAGAAAAUUGCUGCAUGGAGGGGAAUGUCAUGGUGUCCCUUGUGGACGUUAACCAGGGGGCAACCAUUUUUGACGCAGAUGCUCAAGACGACUCGUGCACAUCAUUUGAGGCUCCGCAUGUUUGUACCACGGAUGGCACACCCACUGAUAUUGCUGGAGACCACUACCGGGAUGUUGGCUUUGGUAGCGUUGCAGAUCAUGGAUACUUUGGUGGCCAUUGCGACCCGAAAACAUGGGAUAUUGGUUUCAGUAGCGUUUGGGAGAAAGACGAAUUUCUUUCGACAAACAAUGUGAUAGAAGAGGUGUUUGGAAAGGAUUCUUGUGAAAAUGGAAAUGACUCUUCUACUGCCCAGGGCAUCAUGUAA